GUUUAUUUAUGCGCCAUUUUGAACCAUGGCAACGACCAAGCAUUUGCUAAAUUUCUGAUUUUUAUCCUAAUUUUGCCCGAAAAAAUAAGCAAAUUUUAAGCAGAACUAUAGAAAAAGAGAAGAGACAUGUACGACCGAGCGCCACGUGAUAUUGUCAAGGUAGUAGGUAGCACAGCACAGAAUGUCGGGCCUGGUUCUUAUGAUGCAGAUGCACCACCUAAGGCAAGGUUUAAAGCAGAUGGGUAUGCACCAUUUCUGUCAAUGACAAGCAGAGAGACCUUCCUGAACAUCAGUGACCAGGUAGUUGCUGCACCAGGACCCGGUCAUUAUGACCCAGGAUUGGCACAGGAUGCCAUAAAGGGAGGGAAAACUCUUGCCAACAAGUCGAAAAGGUUUACAGAACAUACGCUGGAAAAUCCUGGUCCUGGUACUUACAAUGUUGAACGUUACACAGAAUUCCGACAGAGCAGGUCCGCACCACAAUUACAGGAAAAGAACAAAUCCAUGGGGCUUGUCACCAGUCAGCUGAAAUUCCAUCGUAAACCUGAUGCCCCAUCUAUCCCGACCCCAGGGCAAGCUUUCGGGUAUGAGGAGUGUGAAGAUGGCACCCUGAAGAAACAGGACCCACCAGAUAGAGAUAUCUCCCUGGGGCCAGCAUUUUAUGGUGUUACCCAUGACUCAAAACCAAAUGAAACAAAAACAUCUAAAACAUACAAAGGUGUUCAUUUUGGUAAACUCACUGGAAAAAGAUCAGAUUUCAUUGGUAAGCCAGGACCGGGUCCCGGUGAGUACGAGCCGUAUGUGGAAGUACCAUUAAGAGCAGAGAACGUGAAUGCAGGGAAGGAGGAGUCACAGAGAUACGAGGCCAACAUACCCAGAUACCAUGAGGCUAUAGCAAGAGAUGUUGAGAAAAAAGCUAUACCAGGACCAGGGAAAUACGACAUCAAGGGACUCUUUGACCCUGAGCCUCCAAAGGUGAACACAGAAGGCAUUGAAGUGGAACAUCCGCCUUUCAUGUCACAAGCAAAAAGAUUUACACCACUGAAAACCUUACAGCCAUCCCCUGGUAGUUACAAUGACCCAAGGCAUGCCUUCGAUAGUCUGAAAAGGGUCACUGGAAUGAAGAGAAGUCCCUUUGGUCAGACUUCCGUUAGGUUUACACCAAAUAGGGGUACUAAACACGUGCCUGGUCCUGGCUCCUACAACAUUACUGGCAUGGGCUCCGAAAGCAUGCGGAAAGCUUACAUAGAAAGUACCAGACGUGGUGUGUUUGGUACCACUUCUGUGCGUGUGAACAAUAUUGCACAGAAAGAAGCACCUGAAUUGCCAGGUCCCAACCAUUACCAAGUGAAGGAGAAACCAUUCCAGUCUCGCUACCAUCAUCUUUCAUCAACAUUCGCGUCAGUAACCUCCAGAUUAAAGGAUGACGUUGCCCCAGCUAAGGAAGUGCCACCACCAGGAUCCUACGAUGUUCAGAAAUCUUAUCAACACUCACAAAUUCACAUGGAAAGGGCUAAGCCAAGGACAGAUGUUGCCAGCCGCAAACACGGCUCAUUUUUGUCUGCUGCUUCAAGAUUUGCACCUCCAAGAGAUGUGGUAAUUGCUGAAUCUGAUAAAGAUACCCCAGGCCCUGGAACCUACAGUCAUGCCCAACGUGACAAGCGUGGUAACAUGAUGGUAACGAAAGACCAAAGAUUCCGAGAAGCACUCAAGUCUGACAAUCCUGGACCUGGCGCUUAUGAGUUCUCUCCCCUGAUCCAAGAUACAGUACUGAAGGGAACUUUCAAUGCCACAUUGAACAAUCCAAUAACACCUCAGAUAGACUCAGUUCACAAUGCUGGAACAGCCAAACAUGCAUUCUUACUUGGAGUAUAAAGAACUGUGGAAUUACCUCCCUUUAUUGUGAUAUAAUCAUUGAUCUUAUCUUUACUCAAAAAGAAAAUUAUGGAAAUAUUAGAUGACAGAAUUUUUCAGAAUGCUUUUGUCAUAUCAAGAAUUAUGACGCCUUACUUGAAAACCUGUAUGUGAAAAUAAAACUUUGGAAAAUGCCAGUUAUGAUUCUUAAUAUAGAUCUAUAGUUGGAGGCGGCAGAGCAAAACAUCGAGCCAGCUUUUGAUGAAAUCAGUAUUGUGUAAUUUCUGCCAUGUUAUGAGACAAAAAUCUUUCCUCUUUGUUUUAUAAAGCAUAUUUUCCACAAAAAUUAAUAAAUGACUGACUGUUAUAAGAUUAUGGCAUGUUGAAAGACUCCAGUUUUCCGGCCAUAUUUUAUUCUGCGCUUACAAAAUAUUUAUUGUUUGCUUGUUUCAAUCAAAUCUAUUUUUAGACAGAUGUUGACAUAAAUUUUCCAAUUAGAAAUUGCUUUUUAAUGUUUUACAGGCAUAACUGUCAAAAAUAUGUGUAGGUUAUAUGUGAAGGACUGUUUUAAAUGUAUAAAUAUUUGAUGUGUUCUUUAAUAGAGAGAUAUGGCAAACAUAAGUGGGAAAUCGUUUUGACAUUUUCUACCAAGAAAAACAUGGCAGAUCUUUGUAUCUUUUUUAUCAUGAUUGAAUAUGUGGCAAUAUUUAAGAUUGCAUAAUUUUUAUGGAGCUGUGCUAUUUGUGCAUUGUCAUGUAAAAAGAACCAUUUUGCUAAGAGAAAAAGGCUUUUGAGUUCUUUAAUGUUGUGUCAUUAAUUUUGAUACUUUUUACAGUACCUGUGUGAUUUUAACUUAGAAGUACAGUUUUUAAACUAAAGUAUAUGAUAGAAAUAUGCUAAAAACUAUGAAAUACUUGACACAUCAUAUUUAUUUCAGAUACAUGUUUAAAUCGUAACAUGCUAAACAUGAUGUUAAGGGUAGCAGGUUUAAAGACAUUUUAAACUGCUUUAAUGUCAAGUACAUUAUCUAACUGCAUACAGUUGAUAUUUCAGGCAAAACUCAAAUUACAUAAACAUAUGCUAAAGUUUUAGGAAUAAAAAGAAUUCUGUUCUAUUCAUUCUGCAGUUUCAUUUGAAAAGCUCUGCACUCAUUAAAAAUAAAUUUUCUACUUAAAGAGUCUUAAAAUUUUCAUAUUUUAUUGAAAUGAGAGCAAAAGAUUGGAGAAUUAUCAAGCAUUGGUAUUUUAGUUAUUAAUUCAGCAUAAGUUUUAAAACCCUUUUCAAUUAAAUUGUCUAUGAAGAUGAUGAUGUUUAUAAUAAGUUAGAUCAUUAUAUGAUAAGAAUCUUGUGUCUUCAUUUGAAAUUAGUUUUAUCAUUUUUGCAUGGGAAAUUAUAACUUUCCCAUUAUCUUAAGUAGUAUAGAUUGAAUGCAAUCUUGCAAUUUAUUAGAUUGUGGGAAAUAUUAAUAUAUUAAGGUAUAUGAAUGCCAGAGGGAAAAUCUGAACAGAAUUUAAGAACAGAGAUGUUGUAUGUGUUGAGGAGCGGUAUUUAGAUGGAGAAUGUAUCAUUAGGAAUGUUGAUGAAUGAUCAUUUUAUAUAAGACAUAUUACUCAUUCAAACUUGUACAUUUUGUUCUAGUUAACCAGGUUUUCAACGAAAACCUGAGUUAUUAGAUUGGGGUAGAUGUCGGUCGGGCGGGCGGGUGGGUGGCGGUGGCGGUGGCGGCGGCAGCGGCGUCAAACUUGUGUUUCCGGUCAAUAACUUUUGUUUCGGUAAAGAUAUUUGAAUAAAACUUGGUAUGUAUGUAGCUUAUGUCAAGACAAAGGCUGGGAUUGAUUUUGGGGUUUCUGGGGUCAAGGUCAAGGUCACUGUUACUUAAAAUAGAAAAAGGGUUUCCGGUCAAUAACUUAACUUAGGAAUGAGCUAUCAUGAUGAAACUUGGUGUAUAGAAAACUUAUAUAAAGUUGUAGCUUGGGAUUGAUUUUGGGGUUUCUGGGAUCAAGGUCAAGGUCAUUGUUACUAAAAAUAGGGUUAGGGUUAGGUUAGGGUUAGGGUUAGCAUAUCUUCUACAUGCAUGGAGGGAUUUUGAUGAAAGUUGGCACAAUUGUUCACCAUCAUGAGACGGAGUGUCAUGCACAAGAACCAGGUCCCUAGGUCUAAGGUCAAGGUCACAGAGGUCAAAGGAUACAAGAAUGAAAACUUUGUCCAGAGCAUAUCUUCAUGCAUAGAGGGAUUUUGAUGUAACUUGGCACAGUUAUACACCAUCAUGAGUCUUGCGCAGUUCCCUUCUGUAGAAUUACUUCCCUUUGUUGUUACUAUAAAUAGCUUAUAUUGUAACUUUUUCAUUACUAGACGUAGGGAAAAAUCGAGACCACUUUUAUGUAGUACAACAUGCAUGUUACAUCCAAUUUUGAGGUGUAUUUUGACCAAUCUCUACCUGGUAAGGAUUUCUGUGUGGACUUACAAUUUUUUUUUUUGUAUUUUUUUUUUUUUUUUUUUUUUUUUUUUUUUUUAAGAUUAACUUCCCUUAGUUGUUACUAUAAAUAACUUAUAUUGUAACUUUUUUAUAAUUGACCGUAGGGAAAAACCAAGACCACUUUUCUGUGGUACAACAUAGUUGUUACUUUCUAAUUUUAGGUGUAUUUUAAGGUAUCACUACCUGGUAAGGAGUUUUUUUGUGGACUUAGAAAAACAAAAGAAUUGCAAUGAUUACUAAGCAACCACAAAAUUAAAAUUACAUCUGCAAAUACAGGUGCUAGAGUAAAGAAAUUUGCUGUGACGGGCGUAUAUUGUGACAUUCUGGCACUCUUGUUUAUUCUUAUGAAAAGUGUUGAAAACCUGGUUUCGUGGCAUUGCCGUGUUUCUUGUGUAUACAUGAACCUUAAUUUUCACAGAGAGAAAAUAUGCUGCAUUAUAUUGAAGUAAGUUUGAAAAUAUAUAUGAAACAGACAACUUUCUAGACACUAUUAUAUAUAAAGCUAUGUUUAAUAGAAAAUAGGGUAUAUAGCUUAUAAUUUAGGGAUUAUUUAUAUAAAUUUAGCACUGAAGCAUGCUAUAAGAGGAAAUUAUCUGCAGUAGUUUUAUUUUAGGCAUCCAUUACUGAAAUGAUAUUCAUCCAUGUAAGACUUUCUUUUGCCUUUAUUCACUAGAACCCAUAACUAUUGAACACUUUAGAUGUUGCACCUGUUUUUUAGCUCACCUGAGCAAUGCUCAGGUGAGUUUUUCUGAUCGCUCGAUGUCCGGCGUCUGUCUGUCUGUCGUCUGUCGUCAUUUAGCUUGUGUAUGGGAUAGAGGCUGUAUUUUUCAAUUAAUCUUCAUGAAUAUUGGUCAGAAUGAUAACCUUGAUGAAAUCUAGGCUGAGUUUGAAAAUGGGUCAUCUCGGGUCAAAAACUAGGUCACUAGGUCAAAUCAAAGAAAAACCUUGUGUAUGCGAUAGAGGCUGUAUUUUUCAAUAAAUCUUCAUGAAUAUUUUUCAGAAUGAUAACCUUGAUGAAAUCUAGGCCGAGUUCGAAAAUGGGUCAUCUCAGGUCAAAAACUAGGUCACUAGGUCAAAUCAAAGAAAAACCUUGUGUAUGCGAUAGAGGCUGUAUUUUUCAAUUGAUCUUCAUGAAUAUUGGUCUGAAUGAUUGCCUUGAUGAAAUCUAGGCCGAGUUCUCAAUGGGUUAUCUCGGGUCAAAAACUAGGUCACUAGGUCAAAUUAAAGGAAAACCUUGUGUAUGCGAUAGAGGCGGUAUUUUUCAAUUGAUCUUUAUGAAUUUUGGUCAGAAUGAUUGCCUUGAUGAAAUCUAGGCCGAGUUCGAAAAUGGGUCAUCUGGGGUCAAAAACUAGGUCACUAGGUCAAAUCAAGGAAAAACCUUGUGUAUGCGAUAGAGGCUGUAUUUUUCAACUGAUCUUCAUGAAAUUUAGCCAGAAUGAUAACCUUGAUAAAAUCUAGGCCGAGUUCGAAAAUGGGUCAUCUGGGGUCAAAAACUAGGUCACUAGGUCAAAUCGAAGAAAAACAUUGUGUAUGCGAUAGAGGAUGUAGUUUUCAAUUGAUCUUCAUUAAAUUUGGUCGAGUUUGAAUAUGGGUUAUCUGAGGUCAAAAACUAGGUCACUAGGUCAAAUUAAAGAAAAAUCUUGUGUAUGCGUUGGAGACUGUUUUUUUUUUCAAUUGAUUUUUAUGAAAUUUGGUCAGGAUGAUUGCCUUAAUGAAAUCUAGGUGAAUUUAAAUAUGGGUCAUCUGAGGUCAAAAACUAGGUCACUUGGUCAAAUCAAAGAAAAAACUUGUGUAUGUGAUAGAGGCUGUAUUUUUCAAUUGAUCUUCAUGAAUUUUGGUCAGAAUGAUUGCCAUGAUAAAAUCUAGGUUGAGUUUGAACAUGGGUCAUCUAGGGUCAAAAACUAGGUCAUGUCUAAGAAAAUGCUUGUUUUAUCGCAAGAGACCAAUUUUUUGGUCCAAUCUUAAUGAAAAUUGGUCAGAAUAUUUGUUUCCAUGAAAUCACUAGGUCAAACAUGUUUUACACUGUUAUGGUGUGUUUCUUAGGUGAGCGACCUAGGGCCAUCUUGUCCCUCUUGUUUGUGUAUAUCUGCAUUUAUGAAUAUUUUACAUGAAAAUACCAGAUUGAUUUGAAUACUUGUAUUUUAUUUUUGAAAGGCUGCUGUUCUUAAUUUAUGCUUAAUUAUCUUUUAUGAUAAUUGUAGCUUUACACCUUAAGCCGUCCAUAUGCUGUAUUACAUUCCAUUUGUUUUAUUGUAUUAUGAUGCUUUAUUAAAUUGAUUAUCUUUUUAUAUAAUAUUUUUAAAUAUUAUUUUAACUAUAUUUUGAAAUAGUUCACAAUGAAUGUGACCAAACUCUGUGAUAUUUGGGUAUUAAUUUUUGAUAAGAUGCAUGCAACUGCAUAAGGUAGAAAUUUUAUGUGUUGAUGUUAUUCUAAAAAUCUGGAUGUAGUUGAUAACAGAAUUUCCCGCUUGGAACAUCGGUCCAUUGGUAGAAAUAUUGGCCACUCUGGGGUCAUGACUAAACCUUUCAGUAUAACACCAGUUUUGUUGUUUUUUUUACAGAAAGGAACUUAAGAGUGAUUGAAAUAAGCUCAUAGCUUUCAUCACUACAGAGCUAAAGUAAGCCAGAAUAAACUGAUGGUGUGACUGCGAUUGUCUCAGAAUUAGAAAUCAAAGUUGAUAGUAUCUUGUGUUGUUGGACAAAUCUGUUAAUCACAGUAUAAACCAACAUUUUGUACUUGUAUUAUUUUACAUGACAACACUGUAUGUUGAAAAAAGUAUUAAAAAUAAAUUGUUUUACCUGCA